AGUCUUUUUAUUGUCACGUGUUCUCACGUUGUUCUUUUGUUUUUGGCUUUCUUUAUGUUUGAGACUUUCAAUGCAUGUUAGCUUGUUUACACCAACCUGAAGAAAGCCUGAUGUUCCUGUUUAACCUGCUGCACAACAUAUCCAAAUUUGUUCAGAAACCGAUCCACCCUUUUACAUCACUAACCAGGAAAAGACUGACGUGUUAUUUAUCCUUUAUAUUACUGACUUUGACUUAACAAAAGCAUAAAAUAAUCAGCAAUCAGUGGAGAAUGAAGAGAAACAUGUUCAAGAAGGAUUUUAGAGAAGUUUGUUUCUGAACAGAGAGCAGAUUUUGUAUUUGUCAAGGUUAUUCAUUCUUCAGAAAGUGAAAGUAAAAUUUUGAUUGCUGGAGCUCAAACAGUGAAAAUGGAUUCACUCUCUGAAGCUGAUUUUUCUUGUCCUGUGUGUUAUGAAAUCUUCAAGGAUCCUGUUGUUUUAUCAUGUAGUCACAGUUUCUGUAAAGAGUGUCUUCAAAGAUUCUGGAGAAUCAAGGAAACUCAGGAGUGUCCUGUCUGCAGGAGAAGAUCCUCAAGAGAUGAUCCUCCAAGUAAUCUAGUGUUGAAAAACUUGUGUGAGUCGUUCCUGAAGGAGAGAAAUGAGAGCCGUUCAUCAGGAUCUGAGGAGAUCUGCAGUUUACACAGUGAGAAACUCAAACUCUUCUGUCUGGAGGACAAACAGCCGGUGUGUUUAGUGUGCAGAGAUUCACAGAAACACGUCAAUCACACAUUCACACAAAUAAGUGAAGCUGUUUCAUCAUACAAGGAGGACCUCAAUACAGCACUGAAGUCCUUACAAGAGAAACUUAAACACAGAGAAACAAUGAAAGUAGAGUUUGAGAAAACAGCUCAACACAUCAAGUCUCAAGCUGAGCACACUGAGCGUCAGAUUAAACAGCAGUUUGAGAAGCUUCAUCAGUUUCUCAGAGAUGAAGAAGAAGCUACAAUCACUGCACUGAGGGAGGAAGAGGAGCAGAUGAUGAAGGAGAAGCUGGAGGAGAUCAACAGAAACAUCUCAGCUCUUUCACACACAAUCAAAGACACAGAGGAGAUGAUGAAAGACAAUGAUGUCUGCUUUCUAAAGAAGUUUCCAGUCUCAAUGGAAAGAGUCCAGAUCUCAUCACAGCCGGAUCCACAGAUGCCUUCUGGAGCUUUGAAUCAUGUGCCACGUUACUUGGGCAACCUGUCCUUCAGAGUCUGGAAGAAGAUGCAGGACAUCGUCCAAAACACUCCUGUGAUUCUGGAUCCAAACACGGCUCAUCCACGUCUUGUCCUCUCUGAUGAUCUCACCAGUUUGAGAUGGAGCAACAUCAGGCAACCGCUUCCUGAUAAUCCAGAGAGAUUUGAUGAUCAUUACUGUGUUCUGGGUUCAGAGGGUUUUAACUCAGGAACACACUGCUGGGAUGUGGAGGUUAAAGAGAGUUUAUGCUGGAGUAUAGGAGUAACUACAGCAUCAAACAAAAGGAAGGGGUGUGAUUUCUAUAAUUCUAAUGUCUGGAGUGUGCAGUAUGAUCAGUAUGGACUGUAUGAACGGUCUGGUUUUCAUAUUAAACAGUAUCUUGAGCGUGUAAGAGUGUAUCUGGACUAUGACAGAGGAACGGUGUCAUUCUCUGAUCCUGUAACUAACACACAUCUACACACAUACACAACCACCUUCACUGACACCGUCUUUCCAUCCUUUGAUAGUUUUUCCCCUCUCAGGAUCUUACCGUUUAGUAGUCAGUAAACAGCACCUUUAUCAAUUAGUUAAAUUUUUUCUAUAGCACUUUUAUACAAUUAGACCAAUUAGAGACAAUUUUAUGAUUCGUGGUUUCAGGCUAAUUACCAUUUACCCCAUCAAGCCUUGAACUUUUUUUCUUUAAACAAAUGUGUGAGUGAGAUUACUGUAUAUAAUUUCAGUGUCAUUUUCUGUAUGAAAGGUUAAAAGUUUGGGAUGUUAAUGAAGUUGUAAGUAAUGGGAAAAUCAUUUGUCAAAAAGAAAACUUUUUUUUAUUUUUGUUUCCCCAGCAAGAUAAAUUAAUAAAAAGAUAACCUAGAAAAUACUUCGCUUGUUGAUUUAAAAUCAGUAGCCUACUCACGGCAACUAUGAGCAGUGGAAACAUAAGUGUGAUUUUACUGACAUCUAGUGGUGAAAUUGUGCAACUGACUGAAAAAGUCAGUAGCUACAUUACAAGAUGACUGUUGACAGUAAUAACAAAUUAUUUAAAAGGGCCACAGAGCAAACCACAUGAGUUUUGUGCUUCAAAGGGGUCCCAUGCUCGUAAGGUAAUAAUAAAAAUCUUUAGCGAAAUUAAGUUAUCUAAACUCAACUCUUAAUAACUGUGCACAAUUUACAGUGUAGCUGACAGAGUUUUAAUUUAGACACUAUAUCUGAACAAAUAGCAGCUGUGGCCUGUUUUUUUUUUUUUUUUUUUUUUUUUUAUUUACUAUACCAUGGAUGAGAAUCCUGCGGGCAUU